CCUCAUUUUCAGAGGCAGACACCUCGCCUUCAACCUCCAGACCCGACUACAUGGGACUGGAUCUUGAAAAGCAAGAGAGCGCCAAAGACGAGCCCAACCGAUCUGCAAUAGCUUCUACCCCGUCAAACCCCAACAGCAUAUCCCGUGCCCGCAUAACGAGAAUUCAAACACUCACCCGAAGGGCUUCUAAUCGCGGACGUUUCACACAUCCUUUAGCUCACGUCAAGACUACCGAUGCACAGAUUGUUGACUUCGAUGGCGACGAUGAUCCCUAUCGUCCGAUUAAUUGGCCGUUUAGGAAGAAGUUGAUUACAACUUUGCUGUAUGGACUGACGGCGAUGGGAAGCACGUGGGCGAGCAGUGUUUAUGCACCAGCAAUCGGUCAGAUUUCGGGUCAGUUUCAUGUAGGAGAGGAGGUGGGAUUGCUUGGAUUGAGCUUCUUAUUAAUGGGUUUCGGGUUGGGACCUUUGCUGUGGGCGCCUUUGAGUGAGCUGAGACCCGCAGUUUUGGUGCCAUAUUUCAUUGCCGCUUGCUUCUCUUUCGGAACUGCGACAGCAAAAGAUAUUCAAACCGUUUUGAUCACCAGGUUCUUCGCGGGGUUAUUUGGCUCGGCUCCAGUCACGAACACUGGUGGGGUGCUUGGAGAUAUUUGGUCUCCUUCACAGAGAGGGACAGCCAUUGUUGGAUAUUCAUUUGCUGUUAUUGGUGGCCCUACUCUUGGACCUAUCGCCGGAGGUGCCAUCGUUUCAAGCUAUCUAAGGUGGAGAUGGACCGAAUAUAUCACAGGAAUUAUGAUGAUGUUCUUUCUGCUUUUAGAUGUACUAAUACUCGACGAAUCUUACCCUCCUGUUUUGCUGGUCAACAAAGCUCGUCGGUUAAGGCAUGAAACAGGGAACUGGGCAUUGCACGCUCGACACGAGGAGUGGGAUGUCAGCUUAAAAGAAAUGGCCAACAAGUUCGGAAAGACGCCCUUCCGGCUCUUUGCAACACCCAUCUGUUUCUUGGUUGCACUCUACGCUUCCUUCGUCUACGGAAUUCUGUACCUAAGUUUAGCAGCAGUACCAAUUCAAUUCACAGAAGACCGAGGAUGGGGCCCCGUCACCUCGGAACUUCCCUUCCUAGCCCUCCUACUCGGAGUAAUCAUGGGUGGUCUAGCAAACAUCUACAACAAUAAAUUCUACAUCAAGAUAUUCCAGGCAAACAACAACAAAGCCGUCCCCGAAGCCCGCCUCCCACCAAUGAUGAUCGGCUCCCUUUUUUUCUCGGGCGGGCUCUUCAUCUUCGGCUGGACCUCCUCCAAAUCUAUCCACUGGAUCGCGCCCAUGAUCGGGUUCGUCUGCAUGGGCUUCGGCUUUUCUACUAUCUUCCAGGCGGCGCUCAACUACCUCAUCGACACGUUCCAGAAAUUCUCGGCCUCAGCUGUCGCUGCCACUACUUUCCUGAGAAGUGUGUUUGCUGCGGCGUUCCCGAUGUUUGUUAAUCCGAUGUUCCAUAACUUAGGGAUUCCUUGGGCGAGCAGUAUUCUGGGAUUCAUAGCUGCGGCGUUGAUUCCGAUUCGGUAUUUGUUUUAUAUUUAUGGCCCGAUGAUUAGGAAGAAGGGGAAGUCUACGGCUCAGGUCAUGUAAUAGUUGGAGAUUGAGAGAUUUGGAUACCCAUAGAUUUUGAUUUGUAGAGAAAUUUUCCAUAGUUGCUUCCGAGUUUGGAAGAAUGAGUUCUUGGUGAGGUGCAGAUCACCAUUCUAGACUGACCAAGACCUGCGACUUCCUAGAUCAAGAGAAACUAAUCCCCG